AUGAGUGUCAUUCUCUGUACUGCUGGCUAUGACCAUACAAUACGGUUCUGGGAAGCUCUCUCGGGGAUAUGCUCAAGGACCAUCCAACACCCGUCAUCCCAAGUGAAUAGACUAUGUAUUACCCCCGACAAGCGGUAUAUUGCCGCAGCAGGUCACCACAGCGUGAACCUCUACGACAUCAAGUCGAACAUUCCCGAUGCUGUGAUGACCUUUGAUGGCCACACCAACAACGUUACUGGAGUUGCGUUUCACUGCGAGGGCAAGUGGAUGGUCACGAGCUCGGAGGAUGGUACAGUAAAGGUUUGGGAGACCCGGUCCGGCUCGCUUCAGAGGAAUUACAAUCAUAAGUCUCCGGUAAACGAUGUCGUGAUCCACCCAAAUCAGGGCGAGCUCAUCAGCUGCGAUUAUUCCGGCACGAUCCGAGUCUGGGAUCUGGGGGAGAACCGCUGCAGCCACCAGCUAAUACCGGAAGAAGAUGUCUCUGUUGCAAGCGUGAGCGUUGCCAGUGAUGGUUCUUUGCUUUGUGCUGGGAACAAUAAGGGAAACGUCUACCUUUGGCGAAUGGUUCAAGAUCGCGAUGUCACCAAGAUAGUUCCUAUUGCCAAGUUCCAGGCGCACAAAGACUAUAUAACAAGAGUUUUAUUAUCCCCUGAUGUCAAACAUUUAGCAACAUGUUCGGCAGAUCAUACAGCGAGGAUUUGGAAUUUAGACCCGGAAUACUUACCGGCGAAAGCGGCCGUGGAGACCCGAGCUACAAUAGACGAGAAUGCGCAGAAAUCGAACCUAACCCCAGCAGAACAAACCCCAACACCGAACGGCCAACCGCAAAUGCUUCAAGUCCAGUUGACCAACGGCGUCUCCGCCGCAACGCUUAGCCACCGCACAGUCGUGGAUCGAUCACUUGGCUAUGGUCCAGGCUUAGACUCCCUUGACGACCCUCUUACGAGUCUAAACCAUCGACAGUUCAACGAUCAAGGCUCAACGGAAAAUGACGACUCGGCUGCCCAGUCGCUGGCGCCCCCAAUAGACCCAACCACCAACACACUCUAUCUCGAAACUACCCUAGCUGUACAUCAACGCUGGGUCUGGGACUGUGCGUUCUCUGCUGACUCCGCCUAUCUUGUUACGGUGUGCAGUGAUCAUUAUGCCCGCUUGUGGGAACUUUCGUCGGGCCAGAUUAUCCGACAAUAUAGUGGACACCACCGGGGAGCAGUAUGUGUUGCAUUGAACGACUAUUCAGAACCGAGGUGA